UCCAGGCCCCACCGCAUCACCUGCGGCCGGGGGCUGGGUGUGGGAUUCGCUAGGUAUGGGUGUCGGUGCACGAGUGAGGGGCACUUACAGGCAGCAGGCGAUGACCUCGUAUUACAACGACCCGCUGGAGCACGCAUGGCACCUGCAGAUCAUGCGAUUCAUUGUCGAGAGCGGCAUGCCGUUCAACUGUGUGAAGCUUGAGAGCUUCAAACUCAUGUUGACGUUGAUCAUCCCGCCUGGGGUUCCAGGAGUCCCCACCCCAAAACCCCCAACGUAUCACAUGAUCCGUACCACACUUUUGGAUGAGCUUGAUGUGGAAGUCCAAAAGUGUGUGAAACCUGUCCUCGCUACUGCAGCUACCUACGGUUGCACGAUAAUGACAGACGGUUGGACCAACAUUCGGGGCCAAACGUUGUGCAACUAUCUCGUCAGCACUAUACGGGGCGCCACAUACGUCGCGACAGAUGGUAUGCGAGGAAAGAAGGAUGCCACUGCUCUGGCGCAGGCUUGGCUGCGAAGGUUGAAGUCCCUUGACAUCAAGCUCGCCGACAUCACCGCUUUCGUCACAGACUCUGCCAGUUCGAACGUUUCUGCGAUGGAGGUGUUCCAGAAGGAUGAGAGUGUCAAGCACAUCUUCUGGAUUCCUUGUGUGGCACACGUCAUGGACCUCAUCCUUGAGGACAUCGGCAGCAUUGACUGGGUGGCGACCCGCAUUGCUCAGGCGCGUUUGGUCACAAAGUUUUUCAAGCGUCAUAGCCACGCUCGCGAAGUUUUGCAAGCUUUCACGACGAAGGCUCUGCUGCUUCCCGCCAAGACUCGCUUCGGUACGCAUGUGAUUAUGAUACGACGACUUCUUCUGCUGCAAUCGCAUCUUAUGCAGGUGGUCGUUGAUGAUCGAUGGAAGGACACUGUUUGGUCAACGAAGAAGAUUCGAGACGACGCYGCGRAGGUCACAGCAUGUGUCGGUUGUCCUCAAUGGUGGGAGGAUAUGAGAGCGYUGUGCAAGUUGUUGGAUCCCAUCAUGGACAUGCUGCAGAUGGUGGACAGCGACACGAGGCAGAUUGGCAAGAUUCUGCGUCGUUACGACGAGAUGAUUGCGCGUUGUUUGUCUGCAUGUGCCGCUUUGGAGAAGGACGAGCAGGACGCGCUGCUUGAAGUGUUUGACAGACGCCGCGCCAUGUUCAAGUCGCCUGCUCAUGUUGCUGCCAUGAUGUUGGACCCCGAGUUUCGAGACCGCACGAUGCCAGAUGACGAGGAGAUGCAGCACGGUUUGAAACUCGCUCUGAUUCAGUUUGGGUACCCGGAACAUUCGGAUCAGCACACCGAGGUCCUCACUGCCAUUGACAAGUUUCAUUCUAGGGAGCCGUCGUUCGACGAUGUGGCUAUGGACCGGGCGGCGAGGAGCUAUACCCAUCCAGCAUGUUUCUGGGAGUCGAAGGAGAAGAGGUUCUCGCACACGGCAUUCUUCGCUGGCAGGAUAUUGCGUGUGUGGGCGACUGCGUCGCCUUGCGAGAGAGCUUGGUCCCGUUGGAGUUUCAUCCACUCCAAAUCUCGUAACAGAUUGGAGGUGGCGCGGGCCGAGAAGCUCGUGCSAUGCCAUUGGAACCUUCRGCUCCUCGACAGGCAGGCUAUGUUGGACGAUGCUCCCAGUGACAGGCCACAUCCGUAUGGGAGCUGGGUGCACUACUGGCAGCAGGUGGAGGAGGAGGUGCCCACCGACCAGCAGCUUGUGGCAGACCGAGGAGCCCGUGUGACGGUCACGAAGCAGGAGUUGACACAGGCGAGAGAGAGGAUGCGCGUCGUGUCCCGCAUGGGAGCCACUCGUCGCUUGCGGGAGAUUGACAGGAGGAGGUGUCGUGGCGGUGGUCACGGAGGUGGUCGUCGGGGCGGUCGUGGGCGAGGCGGGCGUGGAGGUCCUGGCGGGAGGCGUAGUGUAGCGAGUCAUGGAAGGGCAGUGGACGAGCUAGUACGCAAGCCUCGACAGCGAUGGGAAGAGGGAGACUUUUUGUACGAGAGCUCGUCCAGCGAUGACGAGGAUUUCUUUGGGAAUGGCAGGCCUGCACAGGAUGGCGACAGCGAUUUCGACGACCGUCACCCGAACAUUCCAGUUUCUGAGGACUCUUUAAGCGAUCACGGCGGCGAGGAGCGGAUCGAGCUGCAUGGCGGGAGCGGUCAUCCACGAGGUGACACUUCGAGUAUGCACACGACAACUCUGAUGGGGCCUUCCGCAGCAGUCCCWGAAUCGCAACAGGGUCCAGCACCGUUGAUGCGUCAUCCCGAGGUUCAGGGAGAGACCAGUCCUCUCCCGGCAGUGCGGGACGAGGGUUCUGUCGGUGCACUGCAUCCACUCACGUCUGCCGGAGCGGCAGUCUCAGUUGCAGCGACCUCGGAUGUGGGACAACCAUUGGCAGCGGCGGAGCAAGAAAGUAUGCUCCCACCUCGCAGUGUUCAACCGCGGCCACCGCCUGCAUUGAUGGAGGGGAGUCAGGGGACCGUUGUUGUGUGUCAAGGCGACGAUCUCCCGGAACGUGAUAUCUCACACACUCCCGCAGCCGAGCAGAGCGUCGCAGACCAUGUCGGCCUCGCAUGCCCCACCGACAGUCUUUCGGGUACCGGCGAGUUACUGACCAUGGACUCUACGCUCGUUUUUCUACCGGACGUGUCGACGUUGAUAUCCCCAGGUCUACCCCAUGUGUCACCGCCCAAGCCAAAACAGCCUGUUGUCAUCGAGCGUGGAUCGGACGGGUUUGACGUGGCAGGAGGCGAUAUCGCCGAUAUGAUUACGAGCCCAAUGGUGUCUGCCACGCCCACAAUUUUUCGUGUUGGCAAACUACGCGAGGUGGYCCUUGGUUUGGCGGAGACGGCGACGCGACACCGCCGCGACGGUCAGCGCAGCAUCGCACAACGCAGUCUUUCUCAUUUGUUUGACGGCGCAGAGGAAGGGUCUCAUGGUGGGCCAGUUGACACACUCGAAAGARAAGCAAGACCCCCAAGUCCGCCGUCAAACUUAGAGCAUCAUCCGAUUGCCGCGGCUGUCGGCGCAGAUGCGGGCGUCCCCGUCACAAACAGUGACGCAGACGCGACAGAACAGCUUGUGGUUGGGUCAUCGGCGACAACACAACGCGACAGAGCCACUGUUUUGCCGACAGUGGCAUUUUAUGCCAGCGGGAAGAGUACUGGGGGGAUGGAUGAGCAGGGAGUCCGGAAUGUUGGUAGGCCAUCUGCACCGUCUAUGGGGAAACGAUCCAUUGGGAGUGUGGAUGGUGCUCGGCACACCGYCAUGGCCGAGUUUGAGGACCGACACGGGAGUGCUUUGCCGACGAAGACGUCUGAUGUCCAUGCUACGAGAGCCGCAAAGGCGAGUCUUUCUCGGGCAAGGAAGAAGGCCUCGGCAAGGAAGGCGUCACGUUCAUCCUCACAUAUGCGUUCCUGAGAGAGAGGAUCGGGCGUUGUGCAUCUC